CAGUUCUUGCUCAGAUGCGCUUAGAGCGCACCGGAGUGUAGUUCGGGAAAAGGGAAGGAGGUAUCCCUUAGUAGUAGUAGCUAGUUUAAAAACGUAAAUAAGCAGCCUCAUAGAUCCGUAAACAACGUGGGUCCUUGGGAACUCGCCAUCGGAGACAUUCCGGUCGCCGGUGGGGGCUUGGACAGAGUCUCAGUGGCAAUUUUACCUGUUCCUCUUUACAAAGCGGCGUGCCGAGGGAGGACGCGUCUCUUUGAAUAGACAGGAUGCACGGACCGCCCUCCGGCGACAGCGCAUGCCCAAUGCGCCUCAUCAAGAGGGUGCAAUUCGGCAUCAUCAGCCCAGAUGAGCUUAAAAGAAUGUCGGUCACAGAGGGGGGAAUUAAGUAUCCUGAAACGACAGAAGGAGGACGUCCAAAACUGGGAGGUCUCAUGGAUCCCCGACAAGGCGUCAUCGAGAGGUCGGGGAAGUGUCAGACAUGUGCAGGUAACAUGACAGAGUGCCCAGGUCACUUUGGCCACAUCGAGCUGGCCAAACCCGUCUUCCACGUGGGCUUCAUCACCAAGAUUAUGAAGAUCCUGCGUUGCGUUUGCUUCUUCUGUUCAAAGCUAUUGGUUGAUGCGAACAACCCAAAGAUAAAGGACAUCCUGGCCAAGUCGAAGGGUCAGCCCCGGAAGCGUCUCACCCACGUGUACGAUCUGUGCAAGGGCAAGAACAUCUGUGAAGGUGGGGAGGAGAUGGACAAUAAGUUUGGUGUGGAGCAGGCUGAGACUGAGGAGGACAUCACAAAGGAGAAGGGCCACGGUGGCUGCGGCCGCUACCAGCCGCGGAUCCGGCGCUCGGGGCUGGAGCUGUACGCGGAAUGGAAGCACGUCAAUGAGGACUCCCAGGAGAAGAAGAUCCUCCUGAGCCCUGAGCGCGUCCACGAGAUCUUCAAGCGCAUCUCCGACGAGGAGGAUAUCAUUCUGGGCAUGGAUCCCAAGUUCGCCCGGCCUGAGUGGAUGAUCGUCACCGUGUUGCCUGUCCCUCCCCUGGCAGUGCGACCCGCUGUCGUCAUGCAGGGCUCUGCUCGUAACCAGGAUGACCUGACGCACAAGUUGGCCGACAUCGUGAAGAUCAACAACCAGCUGCGGCGGAACGAGCAGAGUGGGGCAGCUGCUCACGUCAUAGCUGAAGAUGUCAAGCUGCUGCAGUUUCACGUCGCCACCAUGGUGGACAACGAGCUUCCCGGCCUGCCCAGGGCGAUGCAGAAAUCGGGUCGGCCCCUGAAAUCCCUCAAACAGCGGUUGAAAGGGAAGGAAGGCCGUGUCAGAGGGAACCUGAUGGGAAAGCGUGUGGACUUCUCCGCACGUACUGUCAUCACCCCAGACCCAAACCUGCAGAUUGACCAGGUCGGUGUCCCACGCUCCAUCGCUGCAAACAUGACCUUCCCGGAGAUCGUCACCCCGUUCAACAUCGACAGGCUGCAGGAACUGGUACGAAGAGGCAACAGCCAGUAUCCAGGGGCCAAGUACAUUAUUCGUGACAACGGGGACCGCAUCGAUCUGCGGUUCCACCCAAAACCCAGUGACCUGCACCUUCAGAUCGGCUACAAGGUGGAACGGCACAUGUGUGACGGGGACAUCAUCAUCUUCAACCGACAGCCCACGUUGCACAAGAUGUCCAUGAUGGGGCACAGGGUUCGCAUUCUGCCCUGGUCCACAUUUCGACUCAACCUCAGUGUGACCACCCCCUACAAUGCCGACUUCGAUGGGGACGAGAUGAACCUCCACUUGCCGCAGUCACUGGAGACGAGGGCGGAGAUCCAGGAGCUGGCCAUGGUGCCCCGGAUGAUUGUCACGCCUCAGUCCAACAGGCCCGUCAUGGGAAUUGUCCAGGACACUCUCACUGCCGUGCGCAAGUUUACCAAGAGGGACGUCUUCCUUGAGAGGGGCGAGGUGAUGAACCUGCUCAUGUUUCUUUCCACGUGGGACGGCAAAGUUCCCCAGCCAGCCAUAUUGAAACCUCGGCCACUGUGGACUGGCAAGCAAAUAUUCAGUCUUAUCAUCCCAGGUCAUAUCAAUGCCAUUCGGACUCACAGCACGCACCCUGAUGAAGAAGACAGUGGACCCUACAAGCACAUUUCCCCUGGGGACACAAAGGUGAUUGUUGAGAACGGGGAGCUGAUUAUGGGGAUUCUCUGCAAGAAGUCCCUGGGAACUUCUGCCGGUUCUCUCGUCCACAUAUCUUAUCUGGAGAUGGGUCAUGAUGUCACCCGGCUUUUCUACUCCAACAUCCAGACAGUGGUCAACAACUGGCUGCUUAUUGAGGGUCACUCCAUUGGUAUUGGUGACUCUAUUGCUGAUGCAAAAACCUACUUGGACAUUCAGAACACCAUCAAGAAGGCCAAACAGGAUGUGAUAGAGGUCAUCGAGAAGGCGCAUAACAACGAGUUGGAGCCCACACCUGGCAACACUCUGAGGCAGACCUUCGAGAACCAGGUCAAUCGUAUCCUCAAUGAUGCCAGAGACAAGACUGGAUCCUCAGCCCAGAAGUCCCUGUCGGAGUACAACAACUUCAAAUCCAUGGUGGUGGCUGGGUCCAAAGGGUCCAAGAUCAACAUUUCGCAGGUUAUUGCAGUGGUGGGGCAGCAGAACGUGGAGGGGAAACGUAUCCCAUUUGGUUUCAAGCACCGCACGCUGCCCCACUUCAUCAAGGAUGACUAUGGGCCGGAGAGCAGGGGUUUUGUGGAGAAUUCCUAUCUGGCUGGCCUCACACCCACGGAGUUCUUCUUCCAUGCCAUGGGUGGCAGAGAAGGUCUUAUCGACACUGCAGUGAAGACUGCCGAGACUGGCUACAUUCAGCGCCGUCUUAUCAAAUCCAUGGAGUCAGUGAUGGUGAAAUACGAUGCCACAGUGCGCAACUCCAUUAACCAGGUGGUACAGUUGCGAUACGGGGAGGAUGGACUAGCUGGAGAAGCUGUGGAGUUCCAGAACAUGGCCACACUCAAACCCUCCCACAAGGCCUUUGAGAAGAAGUUCAAGUUUGACUACACCAAUGAGAGAGCUCUUCGGCGAACCCUACAGGAGGAUGUGGUGAAGGACGUAAUGACAAAUGCACAUGUACAGAGUGCUGUGGAGCAUGAGUUUGACAAGAUGAAAGAGGAUCGGGAGAUCCUUCGAGCCAUUUUCCCCACUGGGGACAGCAAGGUGGUUCUGCCGUGUAAUCUUGCCAGAAUGAUCUGGAACGCACAGAAGAUUUUCCGCAUCAAUCCUCGCACCCCAACAGAUCUCCACCCCCUGAGAGUUGUCAAUGGUGUGCAGGACCUGAGUAGGAAGCUGGUGAUUGUGAACGGGGAUGACCCGCUGAGCCGGCAGGCCCAGGAGAAUGCCACGCUGCUCUUCAACAUCCACCUGCGCUCCACCCUCUGCUCGCGCCGCAUGACUGAAGAGUUCCGCCUCAGCACUGAGGCAUUUGAUUGGCUACUGGGAGAGAUUGAGACAAAGUUCAACCAAGCCAUUGUGCACCCAGGUGAGAUGGUUGGGGCUUUGGCUGCCCAGUCGCUGGGUGAGCCAGCCACCCAGAUGACCCUGAAUACCUUCCACUACGCUGGUGUAUCUGCCAAGAACGUCACUCUUGGCGUGCCUAGGCUCAAGGAGUUGAUCAACAUCUCCAAACGGCCCAAGACCCCCUCGCUCACAGUGUUCCUGCUGGGCCAGGCGGCACGGGAUGCCGAGAGGGCCAAGGACAUCCUAUGCAGACUGGAGCACACCACCCUCCGGAAGGUGACGGCCAACACUGCUAUCUACUACGACCCCAACCCUCAGAACACCGUGGUCACUGAGGACCAGGAAUGGGUCAAUGUCUACUACGAGAUGCCUGACUUCGAUGUGACCCGCAUCUCGCCCUGGCUGCUGCGCAUUGAGCUGGAUCGCAAGCACAUGACUGACCGCAAGCUAACCAUGGAGCAGAUUGCCGAGAAGAUCAAUGCAGGUUUCGGUGAUGAUCUAAACUGCAUCUUCAAUGACGACAACGCUGAGAAGCUGGUCCUGCGAAUCCGCAUCAUGAACAGCGACGAAAACAAAUUCCAAGAGGAUGAGGAGGUGGUUGACAAAAUGGAUGAUGACGUGUUUCUUCGAUGCAUCGAGUCCAACAUGCUGACAGACAUGACUCUCCAAGGCAUUGAGCAGAUUAGCAAGGUGUACAUGCACCUCCCGCAAACUGACAACAAAAAGAAAAUCAUCAUCACGGAAGACGGGGAGUUCAAGGCGCUGCAGGAGUGGAUCCUGGAGACUGACGGCGUUGGCCUCAUGAGGGUCUUGAGCGAGAAAGACGUGGAUCCUGUCAGGACAACUUCCAACGACAUUGUGGAGAUCUUCACUGUCCUGGGAAUUGAGGCUGUACGCAAAGCCCUGGAGAGGGAGUUGUACCAUGUGAUCUCCUUUGAUGGCUCCUAUGUCAACUACCGCCACUUAGCCCUGCUUUGCGACACUAUGACCUGCCGUGGUCACCUGAUGGCCAUCACACGUCACGGCAUCAACCGGCAGGACACUGGACCCCUUAUGAAGUGCUCCUUCGAAGAGACGGUGGAUGUGCUGAUGGAGGCCUCCUCCCAUGGGGAAUGUGACCCUAUGAAGGGUGUGUCUGAGAACAUCAUGCUGGGCCAGCUGGCACCAGCAGGCACAGGCUGUUUUGACCUGCUGCUGGAUGCUGAGAAGUGCAAGUAUGGCAUGGAGAUCCCCACCAACAUCCCUGGCAUCAGCAUGGCAGGACCAACCGGAAUGUUCUUCGGAUCGGCGCCCAGUCCCAUGAGCGGGAUGUCACCUGCCAUGACUCCCUGGAACACAGGAGCCACACCUGCUUACGGGGCAUGGUCACCCAGUGUGGGAAGUGGAAUGACUCCAGGCGCUGCAGGUUUCUCACCCAGUGCUGCCUCUGAUGCCAGUGGCUUUUCACCUGGAUAUUCUCCUGCUUGGUCACCCACGCCCGGCUCCCCUGGAUCCCCAGGCCCCGCCAGUCCCUACAUCCCCUCUCCUGGUGGCGCUAUGUCUCCAAACUACUCCCCCACUUCUCCUGCAUAUGAGCCUCGUUCUCCUGGGGGCUACACACCACAGAGCCCUGGUUACUCCCCUACAUCUCCCUCGUACUCGCCCACCUCCCCGUCCUAUUCACCAACGAGCCCCAACUACAGUCCAACUUCGCCCUCUUACUCCCCAACCUCGCCAAGCUACUCGCCAACGUCACCAAGCUACUCGCCCACUUCCCCUUCAUACUCCCCCACCUCCCCCUCUUAUUCUCCUACCUCCCCCUCAUAUUCCCCAACGUCGCCUAGCUACAGUCCCACGUCGCCUAGCUACAGCCCGACGUCUCCCAGCUACAGUCCCACGUCUCCAAGCUACAGCCCGACAUCUCCCAGCUACAGCCCCACAUCGCCUAGCUACAGCCCCACAUCUCCCUCUUACUCCCCUACCUCCCCCUCUUAUUCUCCAACCUCCCCGUCGUACUCUCCAACUUCUCCGAGCUACAGUCCUACUUCACCCAACUACACCCCAACCUCCCCAAGUUACUCACCUACGUCACCGAGCUACUCCCCUACAUCCCCAUCCUACUCCCCCACUUCACCGAACUACACACCCACCAGCCCCAAUUAUUCUCCGACUUCUCCGUCUUACUCCCCGACCUCUCCGUCGUACUCCCCUUCCAGUCCACGCUACACCCCCCAGUCCCCCACCUACACACCCAGCUCCCCAUCAUACAGUCCCAGCUCUCCCUCCUAUUCGCCCACCUCCCCCAAGUACACGCCUACCUCGCCCUCCUACAGCCCCAGCUCCCCAGAAUACACCCCCACCUCUCCGAAAUAUUCCCCAACUUCCCCAAAGUACUCGCCCACCUCUCCCAAGUACAGCCCGACUUCACCCACCUACUCGCCAACCACGCCCAAGUACAGCCCGACUUCACCCACCUACUCGCCAACAUCUCCCACUUACACGCCCACCAGCCCCAAGUACUCUCCAACUUCGCCUACCUAUUCCCCAACCUCCCCCAAAUACUCCCCUACAUCCCCCACCUACUCUCCUACUUCCCCCAAAGGCUCCACCUACUCACCCACCUCCCCAGGCUACAGCCCCACCUCCCCCACGUACAGCCUCACCAGCCCAGCCAUCAGCCCCGACGACAGCGACGAGGAGAACAACUGAACGAGUCGCCAUGGGGGGUUGAAUGGGGACUGAUGUUGAUUCUCCUCCUGACCUGCCUGUCUGCCCUUGGCCCCCAGGCAGUUCCCAGAAGGAUUGGGCUCCCCCUAAUGGUGGAGGUGCACAGGGGCAUGGUGAAAGGACCCCAGUGUUCGACGUGAAUUUUUUUGCCCCACUUCUGUUUUGCCAGCCCUCCUCCAUCUGGGGUCCCUAAUAUUUACUGUUGUUUGAUAGACUUGAACUGUCAGCCUGAGCGAAGGCUGCCUUUUGGAUUUUCUUUUCCCACCCCCAUCUGGGUGUCGAGUAAUGCCCCCCCCCCCUUAAUAAAAUGAAAAAGGGAACUGCUUGUAGAAACACAUUCUCUGUUCCUGGUGUAAAAUUCAGAGUUGGCAGCGGCAAUACAGAAACUAUUCCAGUAUUGCAAAAAAUUCAAAUGGAUUAUAUUUUUAAACUUCGAAUGGUAAUGCUACGCAGUACUUGUCAAAUGGAAAUCACUUUCACAAAAAUAGAAUUGUUGAUCUUGUGUUACUAAAACUGCUUUGGUAGAAGCGCCUUUUUUUUCCUCCUGUAAAUGUACAUAAUUCAAGACUUGGCAAAAAAAACAAAUGAUGGGUGAAUCAACAAAGGGUUAGUGACGGUCCCUGGUUAGUUUUGGUCAAACCUCUGGAUUCGCGGUGUUUUUAUGGAGGGAUUUGAAAUUCUUUAUCUGAAGUGACACUGAAACAGCGUUCAGGUGGGCCGGCUAUGUGGGCACUGUGGUGGAGAACACUAAGGAUGCCUUUCUUGUCCUGUCCCACCCCCUGUCCCACCCCCUCGCUGGGGGCAGCAUUCCACAAGCCGGAUUUUUGUGAUAAAUCGACUUUGACUUGCACCGCAGGUGUAGAGCUCCAUCAGAUGGUGCCGUAAUUGGUUCAGCUCAUACUUCAUGUCUCCAGGAAGCACAAAGAAUAGAGGGAACCCUCUUCUCUCCCUUCCCUCCUGCAGGAAAAGGGUGUGGACUUUCAGCAGCUCCUACCUUUGUCACCCACGCAAUUUUGCAGUAGAAGCGGUUGUGCUGAACACAAGGGAGUUAUGACUGAACUGUUUUUUUUUUUAUUAUUAUAUAUAUUUAAAAUGUUAAGAAUAGGAGGAAUGGGAUGUUCUGGUGCAUUAGUCAUUUGCAUGAGUGGCGCCACCUUCUGGUCAUACUUUUUUUCCCCCCCCCUUUUAGGUUCAAUCCUCUCCAUCCUUUUUAUUAAAAUUCCUUCAGUCCUGAACCAGCAGAUAUAUGCUUUAUGUUCAGAUUUAAGAAAUAGAAAUGGGAACUUUUUAUUCUCUAAUCAGAUUUUUUUUUUUUGUAAAUUUGUUUUUCACUCUUCAUUUGCUUCUCAGUUGAUGCUCUUGUAAGCUGCUGACUUGGUGUAUGUCGUCUGUUUUUGGAUGAAGAGUAACGUGGAAGUGAAAUCAGACCCCAACAGCCAGACUAACCCCAGAAUCCUCCAUAAACCUCCCCACUGCCACUGGACCCCUGACUUUAUAAGUUUUGUCCCAGAAACAGCAGAUCGGAAAGGAAGCCGUAGUUCAUUUGCACCUUGUGCCUGUGUGCACAGGCUGAUUUCUUGGAUUCUUCACGCUGCAAAUGCUGUGAAGUUUGUAAAUAAGGGGUGGUUUGGAUUGUGCUUCCUGGGAAGGUCUGGGUGUUUGCUUUUGAUCUCUUGAGCACUGUAGAUUCCUGGUCCUUGGGAUAACUGGUUAUGACCAGGGUUGGAUUAAGAAUUGCUAUUAGUAUUAAGAACUGAGUUCCCUGUGUGCAGCACUUUUGCUAACUUUGCGUUCCGCUCACUGCGUUUUGUUGGGUUGGGUGAGCUCUGACAUCGAGGGUCAGAUAUGCAGUGUACACUGGGCUCCAGUGGGGUUGGGUAUCUCCUACCCCCUAAAUGCAGUGUUUUGGUUUGGCAGGAGAAGCACUGGGUUAUGAUUUGAACUCUUAUCCUCCCUCUUUUUCUCAAUCCAAUUGCAACCCUUCUCUCCCCCCUCCUCCCCCCGUGACACAAGUGUUUGUCCUACCUAUAUGUUAAGGCGGUUGAGUGGAGUUGAUACUGUAUAGGGCUGGGAGUCGGUGUAGGUUUGGUUGGGCCCAGGAUUAAAUUUAAGCUAAUUUAAUAUUAAAACUCUUUGGUACCUGCAGCCUGGUCUUUCACAUUUUUUAUUUUUUUUUGUCCAUUUGCAAAAUGAUUUGCCUCAAAACAUAAAUCGGUCUUAAGUUCUUGAGAGAACUGGACAAAGACUUCUGGGUGAUCUGUGUUCUUUGGCUGUUUCAGGCUCAACUUGGUCAAUGUCGAUUGGUGAACUCCCAACGUGUAUGUGUGCGUGCGUGCGUGUGCACUCGUGCCCAGAUGAACUCCUGGUAUAAGAGUUUGCUGAGACAGGGUUUCUUUUUCCCCCCUUUCUGAUUUUGAGACUAGACAGUCUCUGGGGAAAGGAAAAUUUAAAUUAAUUGCCACUGUAUAGAAAUUGAUCCAAUAUUUCAUUCUGUAUCUGUUUUUGUUUUUUGACUUGAAAAUUAAAAGUUUUACAAAAUA